CCCCUUCGGUUGCGAUUACUAUUUGUAGUCUUUCUCUGGUUUUGAACUUUUAGAACUCCAUUUCCAUGGGCAUCCAAACAAGCAUAAGUACGUAGCAGAAGGAGUUACAGUCAAGCAAAUUUAGAUUAGGACCAAACUGGUUGCCAUUGCCAAUUUGGAGAUGGGGCCAGGAAGCUAUUGCUAUACGAAUAAUUAUGGUAAUUAUCCUAAGACUCUUCUUCCAACGCUUGCUACUCGCUGCUGCUUUCAAUCAAACUCACGGUGCCGAAUCAGCUUCCCGCCGCCGGCUGCUCUCGGACUACACCGUUCUACUUAUCCAGCAGGAGCAAGGUCUUCUACUAAUUGUGGUUGUUGUGAAAUCAGAGAGGUUUAUGGAGGGGAGAGACCGCAUGGUUCAGGGACGGCGUCGGCGUGGGAUGAGAAGCCCUUCGAAGUACUUCCCAAUGGGGAAAAGGCCUACUUGGAUGAAAUGGAUAUCAUCACAUUUCUUCAUCCUCCCAAGGAGUUGAUUCCUUUAGACCCUACUUCUUAUAAUCCAGCUGCCUAUCUCUGGAAAAAGAUUGGAGAUGUUCCUGAGGAAAGGCGUCAUCGGUUGCUGCAAUCGCUCAAUCCUAGGCUUAUAUCAAGAGCUUGGGAGAUAGCUGGCACACGAUACGAUGACCCUAAAUUGGUGAAGAAAAGUGCAUCAAACUUGCUGUCAAAUAAAGAUGGUGAAAUUCCCUCUGAAUUUUAUAACUGCAGAACGAGUGGAGGCCCAUUGCCAAUUGCUUGGAUCAAUAUCUUCAAGAAGACUAUAUUUUGUGGCAGUAAUGGGAAGACAUAUGGACGUUUUAUUGGCGGAUCAAUUGUGGCUCAGUUUGCAAAUUGCUUUAGUCCCUUGUAUUUUGAGGUGACUCAGCUUAAGGAAGUAAUGUCAACUGAACAGCCCUGUGAUUUUGGGUAUGAAUUUGGGGAUGGCCUUUUAGAUCUCCAUGAAUGUCCAGCUGGAUUCCCAAGACCAGUGAAACAUCCAUAUCCUUUCAGUGAUCAGGUUGUGAUAUACAUUCGUCAUAUCGGCCCUGGUGUUUUGGUGGGGCAAGCAUGGCAGGAAGGUAAAAAACUAGACCAAGUGCCUCGGAAGUUAUGUGGCGAGAUUUUGAUGGUAAAAGAUUAUGCUGCAUCCACAGAAAUUGUCUAAACAAUCUUUUAUGUUUUGGUUUUCUUCUUUUCCCCUUCUAUACUAUGUAGUUUAUUUAGGUUUUAAUGGAGCCAUCCAUGAAUAGUUUCCGUGGUGAUUAAUGUCAUCAUCCAAACCACCAUUUGGAAAAGAUUAAGGGUAGCCAUCACUCAUUAUAGUUGUGUUUGCUCUUUCUUUCUUCUUCUUAGACUUCUUAGAGUUGAGGGCAUUUGUUUGCAAUGUGCUUUUUACUGGAUUGUUCCCCCUUCAAAUAGAAUGUCUUGCAUGUCCUAAGCUUCCAAUA